AUGGCCCGUACUAUGGAACCACUGGCAAAGAAGAUCUUUAAAGGAGUUUUAGUAGCUGAACUUAUGGGUAUUUUUGGAGCCUAUUUUUUGUUUAAUAAAAUGAACACAAGCCAAGAUUUCAGACAAACAAUGAACAAGAAAUUUCCCUUCAUCUUGGAAGUUUAUUACAAAUCAAUUGAACAAUCUGGAAUGUAUGGAAUCAGAGAGCAAGAUCAAGAAAAAUGGUUAAAGAGCAAAAAUUAGGAAUUUGCCCACUGAUCAAGAUUUACCCUCAAAAGAAAUAUCAUAGGAUCAGGCAAUAUUAAAAUGCCAAAGCUUACAUGGAUGGGUUUGGGCAUAUUUAAAGCAAAAUACAAAUUCUAACUAAAGUGAGAAGUGUCAUUCUUUGAAUUAACUGAAGAAACUGAUUGAAGGUAUGUUAUAUUAUAAAUGAAGUUUUGGCCAUACUACUCAGAGUUGUUUUAUUUAAAAAAAAAAAAAAAAAAACCUGUAAUUUUGAAUAUAUCAAUCUUUGGGAAUGUAGACAAAAUACUAAAGUGUGUAUUUACAAUAUUUAUUAAUUUUAAUUUAUAAAUAUUUAAAAUCACAUUAUCUAAAAACUAACUUAGAAAUAGUACUUUUAUCCAUCCUCACUUUUCCUGAACAAUAUUCCCCAAACUCUUUGCAUCUUUGACAUCAGCAUCUCUGGUCCACUAGAGCUACUUUCUUUUUUGCUUAAGAUCUCUUUUUUAAAAACAGCUUUACUGAGCAAUAAUUAUAUGCCAGAAAAAUCCAGCUGAUCUAAAUGCAUACUGCAAUAAAUUUUAGUAAAUUUACAGAGUUGUCCCACCAUUACUAUAAUCCAAUUUUAGAAAAUUUCCAUCACCCAAAAAGAUACCAUAAUGGCUUUUUUAUUAACAACCCCCCCCAACCAUCAGCCUGCUUGUUUCUACAGUUUUGUCUUUCUUGGAUAUACCUUAUGAAUGCACGCAUCUUUUUUCACUUAUUACAUUUUUGAGGUUCAUCCAUGUUGUAGCAUGUAUUGAGUUCAUUCCUUUUCAUAGCUGAACCACUGUAUGGAUAUGCCACAUUUUGUUUAUCCAUUCAUCAGCUAAUGGACAUGUGGGUUGUUUCCCCCUUUUGGUUAUUAGGAAUAAUGCUGCCACAAACAAUCCUUUUUUGUGUGGACAUAUCAGAACCACUUGAGAAAUACUUUUCAGAGCAUUUCACUUUAAUUUUUAUCAAGGUGAUAUGUAUGAUAUUUAAGAUCUGUGUAUGAUGCCAUUAUUGAAUAUUUAACUUUAAGCAUUAUGACAAGUUUUUGGUUUUCAUUUAUCCUGUAAGUAGAUAUCUGUGAGCUUAAAUGAGUAAGCAUUUACUACGCUGCUCUUUAAAAGUUUCGUUAAGAUUUGUUUAACAGUAGCA